AUGAAUAACGAUUUAUCAAUCCAUUAUUCUCAUCUUGAACAAUGUUCCGAUGAAAUAUUUCUUGAAAUAUUUAAAUAUAUAUCAUUACAUGAUUUAUAUCAUGGUUUUUAUAAACUUAAUCAACAUAUUAAUAAUAUUCUUCAUUCAAUAACAGAACUUUCAUUAAUAUUGGAUAAACCAGAAGAUAUUAAUGAUGAAGCAGUAUGUUUUUUUGCAUCACGUAUUUAUCAUCUUAUUGUACGACAUUCCAGUGUUGUACAUUUUAAUCGUUUUCCAUCAUUACGUUCAUUAAUAUCAUUAUUUCCAUGUGAUCGACAAUUACGUCAUAUAAAAACAAAAGAUUUACCAAAUUUAACACAUUUAACUCUUGGUUUUACAGUAAUUUGGGAUUGUGAAAUUUCAGUACGAUUAUGUCGACGAAUUAUUUCAAAUAAAUUUCCUAAAUUACGUUAUUGUUCUUUAUGGCCACCAGCAUUUGAUAUUAAUAUGUCAGUAAUUAAAACACCAUUAUUAACUCAUAUAGAAUUAAAAGAAGGAAAUUUUGAUGAUCUUUGUGUUGUACUUAAUUCAUGUCCAAAUUUAAAAUAUUUACAAAUGCUUGUUUCCAUAUAUGCAAAAGCUCCAAGUAAACAUGUCGAAAUUUUAUCUGUUACACGACUUGAUGUUUCAUUUAUUCGUCGUGAUCCAAAUUGGAUAGAAAAAUUUGAUCAAUUACUUUCAUUAUUACCAAAUAUUAAACGAUUAUUUAUUGAUAUAUGUGUUAUACAUAUUGAUUUUAAUCAAUUAUCUCGUAUACUUAAACAAAGACUUAUUCAUUUACAUUAUCUUCAAUGUAAAAUACAUGCUAUUGCAUUUCCAAUUAAAAUUAAUAAUAUACAACAAUAUCAUCCACUUUUCAAAAAUAUUGAUUUAAAAGAAAUUGAUAAUAAUGAUUGUCGAUGUGGUGGAAUAAAAUUAUGUUUAAAUGGACAAAGAAAAGAAUAG